GAAUUUUUUGGUUGCUCAGUUCCCUCAUUCCCACAUCCAUUAUUCGCUCCCUCGCGAACCUCUAAUUCUCCCCUCCAGUUCGUCAGCAGCUCUGUACCCAGCUGGGAUGCUGAGCCUGCGUUCGAGCUGUGUGUAUUCUUGAGAGAUAUCCCAUUUACUGACCUUGAGUACGGGUCUUUGGACACUAUUUCCCCCUCUAUAUCCCCCCACCAAAACAAUUACAGAAAAACCUAUUUAACCACUACCCCGCUCACCGCUUGGGUUCAGCACUAAGCCGCGUCUUAACGCCUUCCUGGAUCGCGAUUUACUCGGUUUCACUCGCCUGGACUUUUCCAGUUUAACCCAAGCGACAUGUCCUUGCUACCCCCCGAGGUCCACUCUGCGCUCUCGCAGCUACUGCGCGCGCUAACCACCCCGGACAACACGGUCCGUACCCAGGCGGAAGAACAGUUGAAUAAUGAUUGGAUUCAAGGUCGCCCGGAUGUCCUGUUGAUGGGCUUGGUGGAACAGAUUCAGGGCGCAGAGGAUGUAGUAGCACGUACAUUCGCCGCGGUACUGUUCAGGAGAAUAUCCACCAAGACGCGGAAAGACCCUGUCACAAAUGAAGCCAAGGAGCUCUUCUCGACCCUUUCCGGAGAACAACGCCUAGUCAUUCGACAGAAACUGGUGACUUGCUUGACGACUGAGACUGUGACAGACGUCCGGAAGAAGAUCGGCGACGCCGUCGCUGAAAUUGCGAGACAGUACACGGAUAACGGUGACCAAUGGCCUGAGCUUCUCGGGGUCCUUUUCCAGGCCAGCCAGUCUCCCGAUGCUGGCUUGCGCGAGGCCGCAUUCCGCAUUUUCUCGACCACCCCCGGUAUCAUCGAAAAGCCCCACGAGGAUGCCGUUCAAGGUGUGUUCGGUAAGGGCUUCAAGGAUGACGUUGUAUCUGUGCGCAUCGCUGCCAUGGAGGCUUUCGCUUCAUUCUUCCGCUCGAUCUCAAAGAAAUCCCAGCCCAAGUUUUAUCAGCUUGUACCGGACCUCCUCAAUGUUUUGCCUCCCCUGAAGGAGUCCUCCGAGAGCGACGAGCUUUCUGCGGGUUUCUUGGCUCUCAUUGAAUUGGCCGAAAUCUCUUCGAGGAUGUUCAAGAGCGUGUUCAACAAUCUGGUCAAGUUCAGUAUCAGCGUGAUUUCUGAUAAGGACCUGAGUGAUCAGGUUCGCCAAAACGCCUUGGAAUUGAUGGCCACAUUUGCGGAUUACUCUCCCAACAUGUGCAAGAAGGACCCUGAAUUUGCGCAGGAGAUGGUGACCCAAUGUCUCAGCCUUAUGACUGACAUUGGCAUUGAUGAUGACGAUGCUUCUGAAUGGAAUGCGUCCGAGGAUCUUGAUCUGGAGGAGAGCGACCUCAACCAUGUGGCUGGCGAACAGUGCAUGGACCGUUUGGCAAACAAACUCGGUGGACAAGUCGUUCUGCCCGCCACCUUUGCUUGGAUCCCCCGGAUGAUGUCUUCCUCGGCGUGGCGCGAUCGGCAUGCGGCCCUCAUGGCCAUUUCUGCUAUCUCAGAAGGCUGCCGCGAACUGAUGGUUGGUGAACUGGACCAGGUGUUGGCUUUGGUCGUUCCCGCUCUGCAGGACCCCCAUCCUCGUGUCCGCUAUGCUGGCUGCAACGCCUUGGGCCAAAUGAGCACAGACUUUGCUGGCACGAUGCAGGAGAAAUACCACGCGAUCGUGUUGAACAACAUCAUUCCAGUUCUUAGCAGCGCCGAGCCCCGCGUUCAGGCUCACGCUGCCGCAGCUCUGGUCAACUUCUGCGAGGAGGCUGAGAGAAAGGUUCUUGAACCUUAUCUUGCCGACCUCUUGCGGCACCUUCUGCAGCUCCUGCGUAGCGACAAGCGCUACGUGCAGGAACAAGCUCUUUCCACCAUCGCUACGAUUGCAGACUCUGCUGAGAAUGCUUUCGAUCAGUAUUAUGAUACCCUGAUGCCUUUGCUGUUCAACGUGUUGAAAGAGGAACAGUCCAAGGAAUACCGUCUUUUGCGUGCUAAGGCCAUGGAAUGCGCUACUCUGAUUGCGCUGGCCGUGGGUAAGGAGAAGAUGGGACAGGAUGCUCUGAAUCUGGUGCAGCUGCUGGGCAACAUUCAGCAAAACAUUGUCGAUGCAGACGACCCGCAGUCGCAGUACCUGCUUCACUGCUGGGGCCGCAUGUGCCGCGUCUUGGGCCAGGACUUUGUUCCUUAUCUCCCCGGUGUGAUGCCCCCUCUUCUGUCUGUUGCAGCUGCUAAGGCGGAUAUCCAGCUGUUGGAUGAUGAGGACCAGAUUGACCAGGUGGAGCAAGAUGAGGGCUGGGAGCUAGUGCCUUUGAAGGGCAAGAUCAUCGGUAUCAAGACCAGUGCCCUGGAAGACAAAAAUACUGCCAUUGAAUUGAUCACCAUCUAUGCUCAAAUUUUGGAAGCUGCCUUUGAGCCGUACGUGCUAGAGACCAUGGAGAAGAUUGCUGUCCCUGGUCUUGCCUUCUUCUUCCACGACCCAGUGCGGGUGUCAUCGGCGAAGCUGAUCCCCCAGCUCUUGAACUCGUACAAGAAGGCACACGGUGAUCAGUCCCCUGGAUUCGCACAGAUGUGGAGCAAGGUGGCUGAGAAGAUCAUCGAGGUGUUGAGCGCGGAGCCCACAGUUGAUACCCUUGCCGAAAUGUACCAGUGCUUCUAUGAAUCUGUUGAAGUGGUGGGUAAAAACUGUCUCACCCAACAACACCUGCAAGCCUUCAUCGAGUCGGCUAAGUCGACGUUGGAAGACUACCAGAUGCGUGUCAAGGCUCGGCUAGAGGACCGUGCAGAGGCCGAGGACGGUGAAGAGGAGAACUUAGAAUACGAAUACGCCGUGGAAGACGACCAGAACUUGCUCAGCGACAUGAACAAGGCUUUCCACACGAUCUUCAAGAACCAAGGCACAUCUUUCCUGCCUACGUGGGAGUCUCUGAUGCCGUUCUACGAUGCGUUCAUUACAAGUCAAGACCCAACACAGCGCCAAUGGGCUCUGUGCAUCAUGGACGAUGUGCUGGAGUUCUGUGGGCCCGGGUCGUGGAAAUAUAAGGAGCACAUCAUGCAGCCGCUAGCCAACGGUUUGCAGGACCAGAAUGCCGCCAACCGCCAAGCCGCCGCGUACGGUGUGGGUGUUGCCGCGCAAAAGGGUGGCGAAGCCUGGGCCGAUUUCGUUGCGGCCAGUCUCCCCAGUUUGUUCCAGGUAACGCAGUUCAGCCAGUCUCGGACAGAGGAGCAUGUGUUCGCGACUGAGAAUGCUUCUGCCAGUAUUGCAAAAAUCCUGCACUACAACGCAAGCAAGGUGCAGAACCCUCAGGAGAUCGUGGCUAACUGGAUCACGACGCUACCGAUCACAUUUGACGAGGAGGCGGCACCAUACGCCUAUUCAUUCCUGGCUCAGCUCAUUGACCAACAAAACCCCAUUGUCAUGUCCAAUGCCGACAAGGUGUUCGGAUACAUCGUGCAGGCACUGGAGGCGGAGACCUUGCAAGGACAGACGGCUGGCCGGGUGGCUAACUCGGCGAAACAGCUGGUGGCUGCCACCGGGCUUAACGCAGACCAGAUCCUGGCUGGUGUAAACCCAGAUAACCAGGCGGCAGUGCGAAGUUAUUUCCAGUAGACUGGGAUGAUUGCAGGGAUUGUCUAUGAUAUGGAUCUUUGUUGAUUUACUUUUUACGAGCCUAUAGCGUCUAUAACGGACUUUAGGGAUGUCAUUGAAUGAGAUUAUUGCAGAUACACACAAAA